UGCUCUUGACUCCUCAGCUAGCUGCGUACCGCCAGCGGCUUAUGGGACACUGUCCUGCCCAACUCUGCUAAGAUGCUCCUGGCCUCUCCCUCCGCCCCGUCCAGGGGACGGACCCCCAGCGCCGUGGAGAGGCUGGAGGCCGACAAAGCCAAGUACGUCAAGACGCACCAGGUGAUAGCGCGGAGACAGGAGCCAGCCCUGAGAGGGGGUCCUGGUCCGCUCACCCCACAUCCCUGCAAUGAGCUGGGGCCGCCUGCAUCGCCUAGGACGCCCGGGCCCGCCCGCCGGGGCAGUGGCAGGCGGCUGCCGAGGCCUGACUCCCUCAUCUUCUACCGCCAGAAGCGGGACUGCAAGGCUUCCGUGAACAAAGAAGACGGCAAGGGCCGGGGGCUGGUGCGGCGCCUCUUCCUGGGCGCCCCCCGGGACGCCGCCCCCAGCAGCCCGGGCCCCACAGAGCGACCCACGCUUCCCGGAAAGUCGUACGAAGGCGCCAUCGAGCACAAUCCAUCCCGAUACCCGGGCUAUCUCUGCUCAUUUCCCCCCUGCAUGUUUGUGGGGGAAGGAGGUGAGGACCCCUCCAUCUGGACCCCGCUUGAGGACGCCCACCCCAAAGCAGCCUUUCCUGAUAUCCGGACAAGAGCACGCAGUCACACGGGGUGUCGGGCCAGGGCUUUUAUGGAGGUUGGGAGGAGCGGGCGCCCAGUGUGGCCGGCCAGCUAG